GUUUUGGUGGAUGGAAUCUAAUGCUGACCGUUUCCUUGCUUGCCGAAAGAUCAGCCAGAAUAAAUUCCCUUGAAGUGGAAGUGAAGGAACUCCAAGCACGGAUUUCCCAUCUCGAAUCGAGCACAGAGGCAAGUCAAGACGAUUCUUCCCUAGUUAAUUCCCCAUGUUGCUCAUCUACUCCGUUAAGUUCGUCUAGUUCCUCGUGUAGUUCAAUCGAUGACACAAAGAACCGACCUGAUUUAGGAACAAUAAACAAGAAAAGACAAGUUCUCAAAAGGUGCAGGAAGAUAACAGCUGUCCUUGAUGACGUUUCUGAGAGGUACAAUGAGUCCAUCGCUGCCGUCCUCGGAAACAUCUUCUUUUACGGAACGGAUGGGGAAAGGGAAAAAUAAAUGCAGUUAUUGAGACUUCUUUUAGUGGGUUAUUUUUUAAUGUAUUUCUGAACAUAACUGAUGUCAACCUUUUUUAACAUUUAUAAAGUGACAGUUGAUCUAAACCUGUUUCUGGAUAAUUUUUUUCUAGAGAGCUGGAGACACGCCUGUACUGCUCACCAAAAAUGAGAUAAAGGCACUGAAGAAACUAGUCUUCUCUGCGGUACAGAAAACAUUCAAAAUUGCCAGGGUCAAGGAUGCAGAUUUUGAUGCUUGGAAUGUGCAUCUAAAUUCUGUUCUUGUCUGGGCAAUUAGGGAGCAGCACCUCCAUUCAUGCAACUCAGAAGACAAAGAGUUUAACAUUAAACUUGAUGGACGUCCACUAGGAGGUGUGUUCUCAUUUGAGUAAAUUUUUUGAGAGUUGUUAGUCUUGAGUAUGAAAGUGUAAUCCUGGCCAGAUUAAGCAAAGGUGUCUUUGUAUUGGUUUAUUUCAGGUAAAGACCAAGUAGCUGUAGGCCUGGCACACAUUGAUUUUAAAAACAAAAGCUCUGAGAGCACACUGUCUAUUUACCCCCUUGCAAUUGGGAACUGUAAAGAGAAAAGGUAAGUGGUGAUUUAAGUAAGACAGGUCAAAUAAUCAGUGAAGAAAAAUUAUAAUAACUAAUUUUACAAUGACCAUUUCUAAUCAUUUACAAAAAUAAAAAAAUACAGUUAUAAAAUGUGUAUUGGAUCACAUGCUGGUGCAUGCAGACAAUAGUGCAUGUUACUGGUUUUGAAGAGAAGACUUUGAAUAAUUUUAAAGGCUCUUACAUUAUUGCCAUCAUUUUUGCUGUAAAUACUACAAUACUCAGAGAAGUGGGAUUGCAUUAAUGAAGGUGCUUUUGCAAGUGUUCUCUUUUAAUUUUUUCUCUCCUUUUUUUAUUAGGUCAAAUUUAAAGCAGUUACUUGAGAACCUCAAUAAUCAGAAAGAUGUCAUCAAAAAACAUGGAAUAUGGGUUGAUGGUAAAAAGUACAACAUUUCUUUCACAGGUAAUUUUUAAUAAGAGAGAUAGAAAGUUAAGAGGAAAAGGAAACUGCAAAAUGACAAAGUUUGGAAUUAAGUAGGCAAAGCAGCUAAAUUUUCUGUUUAAUUGAACAUUCAGAGUUACUCAUUGAAAAAAGGAAAAGAAAACAUUCCACACAGAGCCUAUUAUUACUUCACUGUGCAAUAACUUUGAGUCAUUGUUUAAUUAAAUUAAGUUAAAUCAUGUGGAGAAGGGAGUUUUCCUGAGACACAAUUUUUUUAUUUUGUGUUAAGUCUCAUGUGUUAUGAACAUCAAAGUAUAUUCUGCAAUUGUUUCCUUAAAUUUCCUUUUUCUGCAGUGACUCUUGAUUACAAGGCCUUGCUGCUUCUUCUCAACAAAAAAAAUGAUUAAGAUUUCCUUCUUGGUGGGAAAGGAUAUGGUGUGGAAUUUUGUGUAUUUUGUGAUGCAAUCAGGGUAAUUAUUUCUCUUGAUAUUUUCCUUGCUUUUAAUUAUUUCAUCAAUUUAUGAUCAGAUCAGUUUUCUGAAAGUAGAAUGGCAUCAAGUCAAAUUUGAGGUAGUACAUGGCUGUAGUGAAAAACAGCCAUUGAUGACUUUAUUUUGUAGAAUUGAAUGUUUAUAUCUGUUGUUAAAGUGCAUGAAAUUACCUAAGAAAUGAAUUUUAAUUAAAUACUUAUUUUCAUUGAGGCCUGUACAUGCCAUGGAGUUGAUGCAGAUGAAACCUGUCUAGAUUGUUUAAGGUCAAAAGCCAACAUCGGAAG